AUGCAAGAACAAUUUGAGCCCUUGAAGAACGACCUGCUGCUGAGAGCUGCACGGGGCGAGAAGGUGGAGCGUCCCCCCAUUUGGGUUAUGCGACAGGCUGGCCGAUACCUCCCCGAAUACCACGAGGCCAAGGGCGGCCGUGACUUCUUCGAAUGCUGCCGCACGCCUGAAAUCGCAUCGACUUUGACCCUCCAGCCCAUUGAGCGAUAUGAAGGCCUCAUCGAUGCCGCAAUUAUCUUUUCCGAUAUUUUGGUCAUUCCCCAAGCUAUGGGAAUGGUUGUUGAGAUGCUAGACAAGAAGGGCCCUCAUUUCCCGGUGCCGCUCGACUCGCCGACGGACGGACAAUACGAGAAGGUCAUGGCCAAGGAAGUGGACGUCAAGACCGAAUUGGACUAUGUUUACAAGGCCAUCUCUCUUACACGCUUCAAGCUGAAGGGCCGCGUGCCUCUGAUCGGCUUCUGUGGCGCUCCUUGGACCCUGCUUUGCUACAUGGUCGAAGGCGGUGGCAGCAAGCUUUUCGUUCAGUCUAAGAAGUGGGUGUACAAGUACCCCAAGGAGGCACAGGCUCUGCUCCAGAAGAUCGCAGAGAUCUGUGUUGAGUACCUCGCGCUCCAGGUUGCUGCCGGAGCCCAGCUGGUGCAGGUCUUUGAUUCCUGGGCUGGCGAGCUGUCUCCCGCCUCUUUCAAGUCUUUCUCGCUUCCUUACCUCCGUCACAUCUCCGCAAACCUGCCUAAGCGUCUGCAGGAAAUGGGUCUGGAGCCCGUGCCUAUGACUGUCUUCGCCAAGGGUGCCUGGUAUGCCCUUGAUGACCUUUGCGAUUCUGGCUACAAUGUUGUCGGCCUGGACUGGCUCCACGAUUCUGCUGAAGCUAUGCGCAUUGCCAAUGGCCGUGUCACUAUCCAGGGCAAUGCUGAUCCUGGUAUGCUUUACGGUGGCCGUCCAGCAAUCACCGCCACCGUUGAGCCCAUGGUUGAGGGUUUCAAGAAGGGCAAGCAGGGAUGGAUCUGCAACUUGGGCCACGGUGUGACUCCAUUCGUCGACCCCGAGCACCUCAAGUUCUUCUUCGAAGAGAUCCACCGCUUGACCAAAUGA